GUCGGAUACUCGCAUUGAGCUUCAGGACUGCGUUCGUUUUUCCACACCUCAUAACUUGGACUUUAUCUUUGCAUCCCAGAGCAGAGCAGGUGCCAUCCAAGGCGAUGCUGUAUGUGCUACUGUUACCCAUCAGCGCUGUACUGCUGCGCACAGAGGCAGCGAGCGCCAUCAACAACCAGCACACUACCAGUCAGAACCAGAACCCAGCCGACACGGACAAGUGGGUGAGCGGCGUGUCCCAAUACGACAAGGAGAAGUACUGGAGUAAAUUCCGUGAUGAUGAUUACUUUAGGACCUGGACCCCAAAUAAAGGACAGGAUAAAGAUGUUGACGUUACCAAAGAUCCCUGUAUGAAGGUGCUCUGUCCUCCUCACAAAGUGUGUGUGAGUCAUGACCUUCAAAUGGCGGUCUGCACCAUUCACAAACCUGUCAAACCAAGGAAGGGCAGCCAUCUCCAUAAGCACUGGAAGGUAGCAAUGAACCAUGGAAAAUGUACUCCUUGUCCUGUUGUCCAUCCCAGCCCUGUGUGUGGCUCAGAUGGUCACACCUACUCAUCAAAGUGUAAGCUGGAUUUUCAGGCAUGUGUUUCCAGCAAAAGCCUUACAAUGAAGUGUGAGGGGCCAUGUCCCUGCCUGCCCGGACAUGAAGUCUUCAAACCACACACUAAAAAGAAUGUGUGCAGUGAUGCUGAUCUGAAGAGCUUGGCUUCUAGACUGAAGGACUGGUUUGGUGUGCUGCACCAGGAUGCCAACCGGGAUCUGAAGAUUUCCACCAAAGACAACGGCCAAGCACGUUUCGACACCAGCAUUCUUCCCAUCUGUAAGGACUCUCUGGGUUGGAUGUUUAACAAGUUAGACAUGAACUACGACCUCUUGCUGGACAAUUCAGAGCUCAGUGCUAUUUAUCUGGACAAGUAUGAGCUGUGCAUGCAGCCGCUCUUUAACUCCUGUGACUCGUUUAAGGAUGGAAAGCUCUCCAACAAUGAGUGGUGCUACUGCUUCCAGAAACCAGACGGUCUGCCGUGUCAGAAUGAGAUGAAGAGGAUUCACUUUCAAAACCGAAAAAAAUCUCUAAUAGGAGUGUAUGUGCCGCGCUGUACAGAGGACGGCUACUUUAAGGCCACACAGUGUCAUAGCAGCACAGGCCAGUGCUGGUGUGUAGAUAAAUAUGGCAAUGAGAUUGCAGGUUCCAGGAAACAAGGCAAACCAGUCUGUGAGGAGGAUCAGGAGACCUCUGGGGAUUUUGGUAGCGGAGGGGCCGCGGUCGUUCUCGAUGACCAGGAGGAGGAAGAGCCUCCACAGAACAGGCGGCGCAGACAGAAGGAGAAGAGGGCCAGGCUCCAUCCCCGCGGGACCAUUGAAGAUGAUGAAGAUGGAGAGGAUGACAAAGAAGAUGAGAUUGGCUACGUCUGGUAGCUUCACCCCAUCAAUCUCUCGCUGGCCAACCAAGGACCGUGGUUAAAAUGCACAGUUCAAAAGCCAUUCCAACUUCACAAUCUGGAUCAGAAUCUUCUACUACAAACCACAUCAGCUGACCUCUUUUACUGGCCUGUUACUUUUCUUUAUUCUUUAUUGUUCUC